CCCACUCGAGGGAUUAGUGACCAUAUCUUUUUUCACAUUGGCGGGAAAACGAAACGGAGGGCCUUUCCCUAACUCUCCUUCAGUCAUCGUUCUGUUCCGAUGGCGCAAACCAAAACCCUAGCCUUGAUUGACGAGAUCGAAUCUCUCGUCUCUGAUAAGCUUCAAGUGGUUUCUUACAAGUGGCUAAGUCGCAGUUAUAUGAUAUCAUCUGAUGAAGCAAAAAGGUUGCUUCAGGAAUUUGUUCAAAAGCAUGAAGGUGGGUUGGAGGUGGUGUAUGCUUUGUCUGGUUGGUUAAAGAGUAGCCAUCCUAGUUACCACAUAAGGCUUGUUAGCGGGUCAAAGGUUGCAGAAGCACAAAAAGUUUUUGAUGGGAAUUGCUCAGUCCAGGUAUAUAGUGUGCAAGCAAGCAUUCCAAAGGAUCCAGCUGUGCUUUGGAAUACAGAAUUCAUUCAAGCAGAGGAGCUUUUCAAGCAGCCUUUCUCAGUUGGCAACUGCUUGAGAGAUAAUAGGUUCUGUGGAAUCUCUAAUUCUUAUGUGCAAAGGAAUGUUGAUGGCUCAACAGCUGUUUUUGCCACUCCACAGACAAAGUCUGUAGUAGGCAUGGGAUCAACUAAGAGUAACAUAGUUCACCAACCUCCGAAGCAUAUACCACAUGAUUCGAUUUUUAAUGUUGAUCUCAAACCACAGAAUGUGGUGAAAGAUGUCAAGAGUCUAAACAAUGGUAUAGGGAAUACUGAAGCUGAAGAUUACGCCAAUAAAACUACUCCAGACAAAGGAAGGGCCCUUCCCUUGCCCACAGACAAAAAUAUUGUACAAUCUAACAAAAAUGGUCCUGUUACUGGUGGUUCAUUAGCAAGCUUUUGGGGUCGUGCAUCUGCAAAAUCCAAGCCUUGCUCUCCGCCAGCAGAAAAUAGUAGCACGGUUUCAAAUCCUUCUGAAGCUACUGAAGUUGCCCAAACUUGUGCUCAUGAAGUGAGAGAUGGUGACAGUGGUGAUGAUGAUUAUCAAGAUAUCGCCUCAAAAAGAUCUUCCAAUAGGAAAAGGAGGGUUGUCUUAGAUUUCUCAGAUGAAGAUGAAGAUGUCAUCAGUUUAGCAUCACCUGAUUUCCCAUAUAAAAAGUCAUCUCAAGAUUCCAGCCAAAAUGACAAAAGUUCAUCAGAGAAACCCACUUUGAAUUUUGACUUGGAGAUAGAAAAUAAAUCAAGGGUUAAAGAAGAGAGAGUAACUCAACAAAAAGCUCACCAGCCACACAGAGGAGAUUCAUCAGUUAUCAGCAAGUGCACAAAUACUGGGAGGUCAUCUUCUGAAAAGUUUCAUAGUUCUGCUUCUGAAAUUUGUGUAAAUAAGGAUAGCAUAAAAAAUGCUACCCCAGGUUCACCUAAGAGGAAAAAAGUGAUGAAGACCAGGAUUGAUGAACGGGGGAGAGAAGUUACUGAAGUAGUCUGGGAGGGGGAGGAGACAGAAGCAAGCAAAGCUUAUACAGUCACUACAAACAAAGCUGACAGUAAUCCGUCUACCAAAGCUGUCAACAGUGCUCCAGGAACAACUAAGAAGCCACCAGCUACUGGGAAAGGAGGAAACAAGAGAGCAGGAAACUUAAAGGAUCCCAAACAAGGCAAUAUUCUUUCUUUUUUCAAGAGAGCUUGAGAUCUUCACGAAGAAUUGCAAUGCUCAGAGGACAAUCCACUUAGCAAGAUAAUUCAUCAAUGGUAAUGUGAUAGUGAGGAUUUUACAUUAUGUAGAUCUGGCUCUUAUUCUGCUCUGGGGUUUUAACUGGAAUCUACAUUCCGACUAGUUUAAAUACCUUGUGUGUUUUUCCCCCUUACGCUUGAUUUUGCCAAGAUAACUGAUUUUAUUACUCAUGUUGUUCUUGCCCGAAUAAGCAUAAUUUACAUACUGGUAA